AUGGACGUCGAGGCGCCGGCCGCGCCGCGCUGGCGGAAGCGUAUGCUUCCCAUCACGCACACGCGCCAGCGGAGGAGCUAUUUCCAGCCUCUCCUCCUGGGUGCACCACAGCGCCUAAACGCAGCCCGCCCCCGUCCGCGGCCGCAUGCGGGCGCUCGGGGAGCCGGCGGCGCGCCGCGCGCCGCCGACCCCGCGAUCGCCCGAGGCACCGCCGACCGCGACGCGCCGUUCGGCUCGACGGCGUUCUCUCAUCUCACCUCUUCUUCCAAACGCAGGCGCCAUCGUCGCGUUCAUGCUCGUGUUCCUGGGCUGGUACGAGUUUUUGGUGGUCCCGCGUUUGGAGAGGAUGCGGCGCGAGUCCGUGAACAAGGAGCGGUGCGACUACGCGGCGACGACGCUGUUGCUCACGGAGUCCUCGACGUCGAAAUCCGCGCGGCUCUUCCUCCAGGGCUGGCUCGGCACGGCGAAGAGCGAGGGCCGGUGGGAAGACAUCUGGAAGCCGUCCGACUCCGCCGAUGCCCAGAAGGUCAUGCAGCGCAACGCCGCGUGGGGGCUGGGCCUCGUCGCGGCGACGGACGUCAUGGCCGCCGGCAUCGCGCCGGAGUCCAAGGAGGUCCUGGACAUGCGCCUCCAGCUCCUCGUGGCGCCGGUGAUUGAUCGCAGCGACGCGCCGGCCUGGGAGGACGCCUGGCGCGAGCUCGCGCCGACAUGUUAUAAAUGCGCGAUGGACGAGGGCAUACGGCCACUGGCUGAGGGGGUCUGCGCAGCAGCUAAAUCGGGGCUUUUGUCCCUGUAUUGCUCGAAAGACGAGGAGGCUGAUCGAGAACAAGUGCUGGAAGACUACAACGUCACGGGCGUGAAGUUGGAGAAGAAGGACGUGAGCGUCUGCGACGUAGACGAUUUUUCGGACCUGUGUUGCGCGCUGGCCAACGCCGAGACGAUAGCAACGACGGUAGCGGAGGAAGAUACGGUGUGUUAUGAAAACGUGCUGACGAUCAACGGCGGCAAGAUCGCCGAUGAGCUCACGCAGGAAAUGAUCGACAGCAUUCCCCGCCCGGUCUGGGAGUUCGACCACGAUUUGACCGCGGACAAGAUCUGCUACGGCGACGACGACAAGCACUGCACGGGCCUCUUAAAGGACUUGGACGAGGCGCCGCCGCCCACCAACCCCGACGUCGUCCAGCAGUCGAAGAUCGCGCCCUGCACGUACGCGUGGUGGUACAACGACAUGGACGACGUGACGACGCGCGCGGGCCCGGGCAACUACACGGCGCCGCCCGGCGACACGACCAAGGGUUGGAACGACGAGGAGUUCAACGUGAGCCCCUACGACUUCGUGCUGGGCAUUGAUGUGAUUGCCUAUUUGGGUGGGCGAUUAGCCGAGGAGGGUAGCACGUGCGGGGCUCCAGCAUCGUUAAGACCCUGCACGGCGCUAGAUGUUCUAGCUAGAGGCGAGACCUUUGUGGAACAGCAUGAUGAUCGGAACUGGGCCUUUUUUUAUGUGUGGGAGGAGGGGCCCCACGGCGCGGCCGUCAGGACGCCGACGGACGACGAGCCGUUCGCUGGUGUGCUCGCCGUCGGCAUCAUGAUGUUCCAGGGCCCCAAGAGCGUCCUUGAGUUGCUCACUCUAAAGCACCGCCGCAUCCACUAUCGGGAGGCCGAUGCUCGUAAAUUACCCCCGGCAGGCGAGUAUAAUCCGCAGCCCGAUUAUACGGUCGAUAAACGUCGCGUGACGAAGGGCGACGACUACGCCAAGGCUACUGUUAGGAGACCGUUGCAUACCACUCCUUUCGAGAUCGUCUGCGAGGACUGGACGCCCUUACCGAAGCUGAAUGAGGGCAACCUGCGGUUUGUGGUCACCCUCAUCAUCUUGGGAACGAUCGCUCUGUUGACACUCGCACUAGUGUGGCGCUGGGACGAGGAGCACGCGACGCACCAGAGGUUAUUGACGGAUGCGGACGCCGUGAUUGAUCACGUCGGGGACGGUGUUGUCGUCCUCACGUACGAUGAAGACGGCUAUCGAGUAUUAAAGUGCAACCAGGCCGCGGACGUCGUCGCGCCGAACGGCGAUGUCUUGGAUGGUGUUUUACGACAAAAACCGGUAGACCGGUCCACGGGGACGGCCUUGGAUGCGAUUCUCGCGGGCCCGAAUCCCACGCAACGCACCGUGACCGUCGCCGUCGAUGUUGAGGGUGGCCGGACCGUGGAAAUCGUCGCUCGCCAGCGGUUCAAUGGGCGGUGGAACGUCGAAUUGUCGUGGGUCGUGUGUCUGCGAGAUGUUACUGAAAGAUUCAACGAACAACGAGAGAAAGCACGCGUCGAGUCGCUGGAGCGGAUGACGCUGUUUGUGGUUGGGGUGCGGCGGGACGGUGCCGUUGCUUUAUGGUCCCACGGUGCUAGAGAGGCGACUGGUUUGGACAGGCCUGGAUCACUUGCGAACCUACCCUUCGCCCACACGUCCGACCGGAGGAAAGCCCUGCAGGAGGUGCGGAGAAUUGCUGAUGGAGGCGCUCCCAGACCGUUCGCUCUAUCAUUACGAGCGAGGCACGGUUUUGUGUCACUCGUGAUGCAGAACGUAAAUGACAUUUCGGGGACCGUGGCCGCCACGUUCAUCGGCACGCCCAUCGACGCCUCUCUAUUAACACUAGCGACGGACGGCACGCACUUAAAGAACGCGGAGUUCCUCACAACCGGAUCGCACGUGUCGAGCUGGGCCUGCGCGGUGCCGGUGGCCGAGUCGGUGGCCGAGUCGGUGGCCGAGGCGUCGAACGUGCAUGAAGUCGGCCGGGCGCCGCCGCUGCCGGGUAUCGAAGAAAGGUCCGAGAUGAACGCGUCCCUAUUUGAUCGGAGAUCCGUGGUUUCUGGAUUUACUGCUAGGACCGACGAAGAACAGGCGGCCGUCGAGAGGACGGCCUCGCAGGCGCCCUUCAUGCGCGACCCCGCGCGCCUUAGAUCUCUCGUACUAGGCCCCGGCGAAGGUUGUUUGUUGGGGAUCUUUGAUCAAGCCUCUUUGCCGCUGCGGGUCCAUCCUCUAGUGCAAGGUGCCGCGCACGAGCAGCGCAUCCAGAUCGGCGCGUCGGCCUGGCAGGUGGCUCGCGCGGACAUCACCAUAAACUUACCAGCUGGGACGUAUGCUUUUGCCGCCGUGCCCCAAGAAGGGGCGAUUCGCAUCGGAGUAGGCGCCCAUUUCGAGCGGCGAAGGCGGGGCGCGCCGUGGGCCGACCCCGUGGGCGUCGACGACGCCAUCGACGACGACGAGGGCGCCUGGUACGCGCUCGUCGGGUUGGGGGGCGCGGACUUAUUGCACAGAUACGCCGGCGACUUCGAGACGUUGUAUGAGGAUCUGCGGGCCGUCGCCGGCGGCGUCCUCGAGGUCGACCCCUUGGGACAAUUAACAAGGUGGGCCGUCGUCAACCCGUACGUGGCGGACCAGGGCGAGACGGCGGCGCUCGCGGCGCGCGUGCCGCUGCCCCAGGACAAGUUGUACCUCCAGUCGUCUGCUGGUAUUCUGACGACGACGCCGGCGGGCUACGAGACGCGCGCCAGCCUCGCCAAGGCCUGCGCCGCGGCGCGCCGCCGCGUCGCGCGCGCGGCCCGCGCGGCGCGGCGGACCCAUAGCCUCGACGCGCUCCUCCAGGCCCAGGCCUCGUUCCUCGCGCUGCGGCGCAAGCUGCGCGACGCGGGCGGCGCGGGCGCCUACCAGCGCGAGCGCGGCCAGCGCACGGUGCUCCGCGACCUCGGCUUGCUCGACGACCGCGAGAAGCGCUUCCGGGCGCGGCGCCGCCUCUGCUGGAUCGGCCAGCGCGACCCGGGCUCCAUACUCUCCCGCCUGCCGGCGCACGUCCUCGACGAGGUCGUGCCCUACUUUGACCCCGCGCCGCGCGCGGCGGUCUGACCUC